GUCGGACUCAUUAAAGGGACGAACCUAAAUAUGAGCUAGCUUGAGAUGAACGUGUGUUUAUGUUUGUUGAAGCAGGUGUUUUCCUGCUGGAAAAGGGUGAAAUGAACAGCUUUAAUUCCUGGUAAAGAUGUGGAGGAAAGGCUCGUCUGACCGGUUUGAAUAUUUACAAACUCUGGUCACUGAGUUUCAGGACACAGACAGUGAAGAGGCAAAGGAGCAAGUGCUGGCUAACCUGGCCAAUUUUGCAUACGACCCGAAGAACAUGGAGUAUCUGAGGGAGCUGCAGGUGACCGACCUCUUCUUGGACAUGCUCACUGAGGAGAAUGAGAACUUUGUGGAGUUUGGGAUGGGGGGGCUAUGUAACCUCAGCAUGGACCCUGAAUGCAGAGACAUCAUCCUGCAGAGUGGUGGGAUCGCCUUGAUUACAAAUUGUUUGUCAAGCCAGAGGGAGGAGACCAUCCUGUCAGCCAUCACUACCCUCAUGAACCUCACAACGUCGUCAUCACGCUCUGAGAUCACUGAUCCGGCCAUACUGCAGUGCAUGCUGCGCUUCUCCCUGUCAGAGAGCCCCCGCCUGCGCAACCUGGCCGCUGUGUUUCUGCAGGACUGCUGCAGCGAACAGCAGGUGGCCCGAGCAGAGCAGCAGAUGCAGGGACAGCAGCAGACGGCAGUCGGCAUCCCACUGCCCAAAGACUAAGACAUUACAGCUGCUGUAAGGUUUUAAUGAGGUUGUUUUUUUACAAUGGAUAGGGGGAAAGUCUGCUCUCUAUGAGAGUAUAAUAGCUUACGUGGUAUGGUCAAAAGUGCACACCGCAAAAUACCAACAAGUUCAGUUCAUUACAAAACCAUGGACUUCAAUCUGCUGCUAUAACAGUCUCCACUCUUCUGGUUUUUAGACUUUUCACCAGACUUUGGAGCCUGGCUGCAGGGAUUUUGCUCCAAUUCAGCCGCAAGAGCUUUAGUGAAGUCCAACACCGACGUUGGGUUAAAAGGUCUGGCUCGUUGAUGUCGGGUGGGGUUGAGGUCAAGGCUCUGUGCAGGCCAGUCAAGUUCUUCCACACCAAACUGGGAAAACCAUUUUUUUUGGACCUGGCUUUGUGCACAGAGGCACUGUUUGUCAUGUUGAAGCUGAAAAAGAUCUUCAAACUGUUGCUGCAAAGUUGGAAAAACACUGUUAGCUUUAAGAUAUCUCUUAGUUGCCCACAUACAUUGACCAUGAAGUGUAUCGUUUAAGAUUUAGAACUUUUAAUGUUCUUAUUAGUGUUUGGGACUUCAAAACACAAAAACAAGAUCCCUGUCAUGUUACAACACAUGUAAAAGACUGAAACAAGUGUAAAAAGCAGAACAGGACAGUGAUGGCUAUGACAAAAAUCUGAUCACAACCUGUCAGCAUCCUGUCAUUUUAAGAGCAUCAUAUUUUGUUUUCUUUGUUGACAUCUUGAGUUGUUUUGUGCAUCUUUUAUUCCCUUGAAAAUAGAUUUAGCCUGUCAAUAUGUUCCAAUGCUUUUCCACAGUUGUACAUGUCAGAGAAGAUGCUUGAGUUGGAAGUGUUGUGCUCUUUCUUACCACACGAGGGAGACUAGACAGUUUUUCUUGAAGUAUCAGCUUUUGGCAACACAGACUAUAAGUUAAUUAGUUAAUAGAGUUGAUUACUAUAGGCACAAAAACAGCAGGAAGACAAUUUAGUGUAUAGAGAGAAUUGGCCACAUCUCUCGACUAAGUCAUGCUUGUAAAAACAGGCUCACCAUCUAUUUUCACCCCAAAAAUGUACAUUCCUUUGGGUUUGAAGUGAUUUCCUCAGACCUGGAGUAGGUUAAAGCUAACUGGUUGCCUCUUGCACUUGGCGCUCGACAUAAGAAUACCAUGUCCUGAGACAUUCGAUCCAAACCCAAAAUAUGUCAAAUAAAAAAUGUAAAAUAAACCUUGAGGUUCUUUCUUAAGAGCCAGGAGUGCUGUUUGUUUUCUUCUGGGCUCCUAAGAGCUAUUUCUGGGCUGAGUCCUUCAGGUCUAGACAGAAGACGACAUUCGAUCCUUCAGCCCAGCGUCAGGUAGGCUGCACAUGUACUCGGGUCAGACUCGAGAGGAAAUUCUUCACAGCUUUGGGUGUGUGUCUGUGAUACUCGGUCCUGUUAAACACCACAAAGACAUUCCAAAGGCUUAAGAGGCGUACACCUGCCACUGAGAUCAAUAAAAAUACCUCAAUUCUUCCCGUAAAAAGAGAAACACCCAUGCCUGGUUUUAAUAAUGUGGUAUAAAGUUUAUUUCAAGUUGAUGUAUAAAAAGAUUUUUCUAAUUCUGCUAGAUAAAAAAGAACAAUAGAGAAUGUGAUUCAACAAUUACAAAAAGUUCUGCACUGAUUUUUAAUAAGCUGUAUGUUGCAGCCUAAAAUAAUCCUGUCAGUUCUCAUCCAGCUAAUUUGGCGCUGAUCAUGUAAUUGCGAUUUAAUGAGGUGGGUGUGUUGGGAAUCCUCCCAGCAUGCACUGGGGCAAUAAAUUCAUUGACA